AUGAGGACAAGCAGUGUUACAACAGUGGCCUUCCUUGGAUUGACUGGCAAUGGCAUGCUUGUCCCAGGGGAUUUUUAUGAUGGCCAAGCAGGCUUUGUGUAUUGGAGCCCCAGCCGCCGCCAUGAAGGCCGUGGUGCAGCGCGUCACCCGGGCCAGCGUCACAGGGUCCGAAAGAUUUUAAACCUGCGUGUGUUCGAGGACGAGAGUGGGAAGCACUGGUCGAAAAGCGUGAUGGACAAGCAGCAUGAGGUGCUGUGCGUCAGCCAGUUUACCCUGCAGUGUGUCCUCAAGGGCAGCAAGCCCGACUUUCACCUGAAAGCCAUGCCCUCGGAGCAGGCAGAGGGCUUCUACAACAGCUUCCUGGAGCAGUUGCGGAAGGCGUACUGGCCGGAGCUCAUCAAAGAUGGCAAGUUUGGUGCCUACAUGCAAGUGCACAUUCAGAACGACGGACCCGUGACCAUAGAGCUGGAAUCUCCGGCACCUGGCGCUGCUGCCUCUGACCCAAAGCAGCUAUCCAAGCUUGAAAAACAACAGCAGAGGAAAGAAAAGACCCGAGCCAAGGGACCCUCAGAGUCCAGCAAAGAAAGACCCGCACCCCGCAAGGAAAACCGCAGCGCCAGCAGCUGGGCCGAGGGUGACGUGUCCUCAGAGCGGGAGCCGUAGUGCAUGGUCAUUGGGCAAAAGUCAUUCCUGAAAAAUUCAAGAUGCUAAGCCCUACACUGCUUUAAGGAUUUGGAACUGAAUCGUGAAAAAGGAAACAGAAAUAAGAAAUUGGGACCCUGGACAUCCCUGCAGAAGACACCCAAGGACCCGUUGUCAUCUUUUGUCGCUGCCAUGUGGACGAGGCCGUGGUUGCUGCUCUGGUGGAGUAGUGGGCGUGGCGGCAGGCCCACGCCCGUGCCAUCCCCACAGGAAGGCUCAGUUGGCUCCUGCCAUGCCUUGGCUUGCUUUUGGAACAGGCUGGCCACCUUCUGUCACCCAGUCCACUGUGGUGUAUUCCACGUGCGUGUCACGGGUCUCCAACACCUCCACGCUGUCCGUGCUCUUUCCCACACCAGCUCGUAACCAGGGCCCGUGUCACGGUGUCAGGAAAGCAACCAUCACUGAUGAUGUAUCCUGGGAGACCUUCGCAUCUUGUAAAC